AUGGCAACCUUUAGUUUCCACUCACCAUUUUUGCUCAUUCCAACUUUUCUUCUUCUUCUUCUCCUUAUCUAUAUCUCUCCCUUAAACGAAAACCUCCAUUUCUCUUCUUCUACUCCAACUCCAUCACCUUCUCGUCUAUUACAAACAAACCCAAAAUCCCCUCAACUUUCACUGCUGGCACCUUCUCCAACUAUGGCAAAGUCUUCAUUGGAAGCACCUCCCUCUACUUUCAACACUGCCAAUCAUAUCAAGGUACAUAGUGAGCAGGAGAAGAGUCGUACAGAGAGGAUUGAAGAAGAUUUGGCUAAAGCACGUGCAGCGAUUCAGAAAGCAAUUAACAAUCAGAAUUACACAUCUGAUGAUAAAAUUGAAUUUUACGUUCCAAGAGGUUGCGUUUACAGAAAUGCCAAAGCUUUUCAUCAGAGUCAGAUUGAAAUGAUAAAGAGAUUCAAGGUGUGGGUGUACAGGGAAGGAGAGAUACCAAUGGCACACAGUGGACCGAUGAGUUACUUGUACUCCAUUGGAGGACAGUUCAUGGAUGAGAUGGAGAGAGGGGAGAGCCCCUUCAUGGCUCCUCAUCCUGAUGAGGCACAUGCAUUCUUUGUUCCACUCAGUGUCAGCAAAAUUGUGGACAGCUUUUAUAGGCUUCAGCCCCACACCUUUCGUCGACGAUUGGCCAUAAUUUCUAGAGAUUAUAUCAACGUCGUAGCUGAUAAGUACCCCUAUUGGAAUAGAAGCAACGGAGGGGACCAUUUUAUGGUCUCUUGCCAUGAUUGGGCACCAUGGCUUGUAACAGAAGAUCCCAAGUUCUACCAGAAUUUCGUAAGAGUGCUAUGUAAUGCCAACACGUCCGAAGGUUUCAAACCCAUAAGAGAUGUUUCAUUACCAGAAUUUAACUUGAAAGGUUACCCUAUAUUCAACCUCGGCCCACCCCGUCACGGCCUAGCCCCUAGUAAGCGCACCAUCCUCGCAUUCUUUGCCGGAGGAGCCCAUGGAGACAUAAGGAGUAUAUUAUUCCAGCAUUGGAAGGACAAAGAUGGUGAAGUUCAAGUCUAUGAGAACCUCCCUAAGGAGAAAAAUUACCAUCAAUUAAUGGGACAAACCAAGUUUUGUUUGUGUCCAAGUGGAUCAGAAGUGGCAAGUCCUAGAGUGGUGGAGGCAAUGUAUCAAGCAUGUGUCCCGGUGAUUAUUUCUGAUUACUAUACAUUACCCUUUAGUGAUGUUCUUGAUUGGAGCAAAUUUGCAGUAUUUAUUCCUCCGAAGAGAAUACCAGAAAUUAAGACAAUUUUGAAAGGGAUUUCACAAGAGAGAUACUUGACAUUGCAAAAGAGGGUGGCACAAGUAGCAAGGCAUUUUGAGCUAAACAGACCAGCUAAGCCAUUUGAUGUCCUUCAUAUGGUGCUUCACUCCGUGUGGCUUAGAAGGCUUAAUAUUAGGCUAACACAAAACGAUUAUUAACUAUUCAUCAAUAUCUACAUGUUAUAAUCACUUAUAUGAUUAAUUAUAAUUUGAUAACUAAAUAUUAGUAUUUUUGGUUUUUGACUUUUGGUUGCUAGAUGCAACAUCUGCGCAUGUUAGAUCUUGCUUAUGUAUUAAUUUGGA